AUGCUCCACCUCAAACGAGUAGCACAAAAGAACCUUGCCCGAGCGGCCAAGAACAAGUCAGUGACCCUGCGCGGGCUGGCAACCGCUGCUGAGCCAUACGAUGUUGUGGUUAUUGGAGGAGGUCCAGGAGGCUACGUGGCUGCUAUCAAAGCCGCCCAACUUGGACUGCGAACAGCUUGCGUAGAAAAGCGCGGUGCUCUCGGAGGGACAUGUCUCAAUGUUGGAUGCAUCCCUUCGAAGGCUAUGUUGAACAACUCGCAUUUGUACCACCAGGCCCAGCAUGACUUUGCCCGCCGUGGAAUCGAUGCCACCGUUUCACUGAACCUUCCCAAGAUGCUGGAGGCCAAAACCAACGCUGUUACUGGGCUGACGAAGGGUAUUGAGAUGUUGUUCAGGCAGAACAAGGUAGACUACAUCAAGGGCUCCGCUUCCUUCGUGUCCCCUACCCGUCUCUCCAUCACGCCCAUAACCGAGGGAGCCGAAGUCUCAGAGGUUGAAGCGAAGAACAUCAUCAUCGCUACUGGCUCAGAGGUCGCACCUUUCCCCGGAGGUGCCAUCGAAAUUGACGAGAAGCAAAUCGUCAGUUCAACAGGUGCCCUCGAGCUCCAGCAAGUACCGAAGAAGAUGGUCGUCAUCGGAGGAGGAAUUAUUGGACUGGAAAUGGGCAGCGUGUGGAGUCGACUCGGUGCUGAAGUCACUGUUGUCGAAUUCUUGGGAGCGAUUGGCGGUGCUGGAAUUGAUUCGGAAAUCGCUAAAUCAUUCCAGAAAAUCCUCCAAAAGCAGGGCUUGAAAUUCAAACUUAACACCAAGGUCCUGUCCGCUGAGAAGAAGGAUGGGCAGGUCAUCCUCCAAGCUGAACCCGCCAAAGGAGGUGCCGCCGAAACACUCGAGGCUGAUGUUGUUCUCGUCGCUGUCGGUAGACGGCCAUAUACCGAAGGCCUGAAUAUUCAAGCUGCUGGACUCGAGCUCGAUAACAAGGGACGAGUUAUCAUCGACGACCAGUUCACUACUUCUCAAAAGCACAUCAAGUGCAUCGGUGACGUCACAUUCGGACCCAUGCUUGCCCACAAGGCUGAGGAGGAGGGUAUCGCUGCCGUUGAAUUCAUCAAGAACGGCCACGGUCACGUCAACUACGCUGCUAUUCCCUCUGUAGUGUACACUCACCCCGAAGUCGCCUGGGUUGGCAAGUCGGAGCAGGAUCUCAAGGCUGAGGGCGUGAAGUACAAAGUUGGCAAAUUCAGCUUCGCUGCCAACUCCCGUGCCAAGACAAACCUCGACACUGAGGGCUUCAUCAAGGUCCUCACUGAGGCGGAGACUGACAGGAUUCUGGGAGCACACAUCAUCGGACCUAAUGCCGGUGAAAUGAUUGCGGAGGGUGUGUUGGCGCUCGAAUAUGGUGCUAGCGCUGAGGAUGUUGCCAGGACUUGCCACGCUCACCCCACACUGAGCGAGGCAUUCAAAGAGGCCGCUAUGGCUGCCUACUCCAAGCCCAUCCACAUGUAA